GUUCUACCUACCUGCCUACCUAAUAAAAAAAUAAUAAGUCACUGAGAGAAAGGUAGUACACAUACGGCAACGACAAGAGGGACGACGCCAUCGACUUAAAGUCACGUGCAUUUGUACCUUUUUUUCUGGUCUUUCCUGCCAUUUCUGCCAUUUCUACGGGCGUACCGCACGGUAUCCGUGUACUUUUCAAUUCGUCAGGUACAUCCCGGCGUAGUUGCUUGUAGUCGAAUGAGCACAGGCUUUCCAUCUCGAUCCUGGGAAUUUUUUGAACUACCUCAUCUAUCCACCAACUUUCCGCCGUCACCUUUUUUUUUCUUUCUCUUUCCUCUCUAUUUUCCCUUCCGCGAAUCUAAUCUUCCAACAACACAACCCCAUCGGAUCGCGCCAUUCAAUUGAAGUGGUCCAUCGAUAACAGUGGUUGCCUGUUAGCUCCGUCAACUUCUCCAGUUUUAACGAAGUUGAUCGGACGCGUUUUUUCUAUCUUUCCACCCUUCCUUCCACCAACCGUUGGUCAACAACUUUUCGCCGUAGCUACCACUCACCACACACCACCAACCAUUUUCUUCCCUUCUACUAUUAUUUGAAUUUCUCUUUCUUCUCUCUCCCUUCGCGACUUACCAUCAUCGUCUUGUACCAUAUCCGCGCCGCGUCCAUCUUUUUUCCUCUAUUGCAGACACCACUAGCGUGGGAAUAUCAUCAUGUCUGACGAGACCGCGCAAUCUGCCGUCGCGCAGUCCGCCGACGCUGCUCCCAAUACUACAGUAGAGGAUACUACGUCAGAAUCCGUCGCGCCUACCGACGCGAAAUCAAUUGACAAGAAGGACGCCGCACCUUCCCUCGACGCCGACCAGGCUAAGGAGGACUCAGCUGAAAAGCAAGCCGACACCGAAGACUCGGCUCCUACAGCUUCUGCCGCCGCAUCUACCGACAAGAAGUCCGCCGAUACCGAUAUCGAGAUGGCUGAUAGAACCGUCGGAGAGGCCAGCAAGCGCGAUGCUGAUGCCAAUGUUGACUCGGAGAAGGCUGCUGAGCAAGAAGAUGUUGAGAACGAAGCUACUGCAGGCGCCGCUGAGGCUGCCCCGGCUGAGACAGAGUCGGCAACACCUGUCGACAAGUCUAAAGCGCGUCGCAAGUCUUCAGGCGAUACGAAGGGCAAGAAGCUGAACAAGAAGCAAUCUAAAGCUAAGAUUCUACACGUCGAUGCUCAACCUGGUGAACACUACUUCGCCAAGCUAAAGGGUUUCCCUCCCUGGCCUGUCAUCAUCGCCGAAGAGGACAUGCUACCCCAGAGCAUGUUGAGCACAAGACCUGUCACAGCUGCGCGUCCUGACGGCACUUAUCGAGAAGACUUCGCCGAUGGUGGUAAGAGAAUUGCAGACCGCACAUUCCCGGUCAUGUACUUGCAUACUAAUGAAUUCUCGUGGACAACCAAUUCUGAUCUUAGCGAGCUUGAUCCCUCGACUGUCGCAUCCAUGAUCACAACCAAGAUGCGCAAGGAUUUGCAGAAUGCCCACCUGUUGGCUGCUGAGCAGAACUCUUUGGACUACUACAAGAACGUCCUUCGCGAAUUCGAAGAGCAGCGCCUCGCCAAGCUCGAGGCUAAGAAGGCCAAGUCUGCUAAGACUCCGAAGAAGGCUGCCAAAGCAGCUGAAACUCCCGCCGUUGAUGAGGACGAGGAUAUCGAGAUGGCAGACAUUGACGACACCGCCGAUGCGGAGCCCGUUGAGAAGAAGCCUAAGUCCAAGAAGCGCAAGGCUGAUGAUGACAACAGCACUCCUCAACGCGCCGAAUCUGUCAAGAAGCCUAAGAUCAAGCUGACGAACUCUUCUACUCCCAAGAGCGCUAACGGCGUUCAAUCUCCGUCUACAAAGGAAUCUUCCAAGCCUGUUAAGGUCAAGGCCAAGACUAAGGGUGGCAAAGACAAGGGUGAGAGCAAGAAAGAGAAAGAGGCGGUUGCACCCAAGGAGCCCGAGCUCACCCCCGAGGAGAGACAUGUCCGCAAGGAGAAGGAGAUAUUUUUCUUGCGACACCGACUCCAGAAGGGAUUGCUUCUCCGAGACCAAGAGCCGAAGGAAGAGGAGAUGAAGUCGAUGUCGGAGUUUCUUGCAAAGCUAGAGACCUUCCCCGACCUCGAGGUCAGCAUCAUUAAGGCUACCAAGAUCAACAAGGUUCUUAAGGCUAUCUUGAAGCUAGAGAACAUCCCGAAAGAGGAUGAGUUCCAGUUCAAGCCGCGAUCCCAGACCCUUCUAGACAAGUGGAAUAAGCUUCUACUUGCCGACGGCGCACCCUCAGCUGCUAACGGAGUUAACGGUUCUACCGGUGACGCCGUGAAGUCCGGAAAGGGAGCUGCCAAUGGCGUUAAGGAGUCAUCGGCUGACCACAAAGCGGACCCUGAGAAGGAGGAUGACAAAGCUGAUGUCGAGAAGGAGGAUGCAGAGACUAAGGAAGAGGCCGCUGAUGAGAAGCUAGAUUCCGCGAAGAAUGUAAAGGCUUCCGACGAGACAGCAGUAGAAGUCGACUCCACGGCGUAAAGAGCAACAGAUGCAGAAAUCGACAAGACAACGAGAAAUUCUUGUUGAAAAGUUGUUGGCAACUAGGGGCGUUUACGGGGGUAUAAGUUUGGCACAACAUUUGCUAUAGGCAUGUCUACCGUUUGUUUGAUGGUAGCCCAUGGAUGCUACUGGAAUAUGAUGCCUACGCUGGCAUCCGAGUACCCAGGCUCAGUGGUUGUGUUUAGGCUGUGUAAACUAGGCAGUACUUUGUUUUUUCAGAUCCGAUUAUGUGUGGCACUGGAGCAGUCGAUGUUUGGUCAGGAAAGGGCCUUUGGCAAGGGGAGGGAUGCGAAAAAGUGAAAAUUAUGGCCUGGCACGAGUUGUACUGCAAUAUUCAAGGCGGCACUCCUAAUUAGUUCGUCGACUGGUCAAGAUGCUAGUCAGACAAACAGACAGACACAGGAUGUCCUACGUACCCAGGUAGUUAUUGCCUUGUUUCCCAGCUUUUUUAUUGGAGGGUUGUCAUGAUUUUCUAGGGACGUUUGCAAUAAAAAAAGUCAUUGCAUUUCUAUAGAAUCGACGUAGCUACUGUCGCCAUUGUUGGUCGAUGAUACCUACAUAUGUAUGUGUGUCUAUG